AUGUUUCUCCACUUAUUGAACACAACUGGUAACAGAAAAGGAACACCCAUCAAGUACGAGUGCACUGGAGGCCUUCUCUUCAAUGACAAAAUCCAUAGCUGUGACCUUCCUCAGAAAGUAGAGUGUUCUGAAACUCGUCGCAAGAGAAGCCUCACAAACGACGGCGCUCCUCAACAGUACGUGACAGCUGAAGAAUGUAAGCAGCUGGAGGGCAAAUUCGCAAUGGAGGGCAACCCCAACGCUUACUACUUUUGCUCUCACGGUACUGCUCACCUCAUGCGCUGUACUGACCUCGCUGUAUUCAGUUUCGCCGCUCAGGACUGUAUCUUCAUGAAAUAGAACCAACGGUGGAUUUCCCUGAUUUUAGUUGUUAUAAUGAUGCCUUAGUGAAAUAUUUAUUAAAAAAAAAAAAAAAAAAAAAAAAAAAAAAAAAA